UACCAAAUUGAAUCCUGCGCGGCGCUUAUAGAAGCUUGCUGUUCUUUAUACCGGAAGUGACGCGAGACGCUCUAGAAAGAUGCUUGGUUGCUAGGAGAGACGAGGCCGCCAAGCUCGGGAGCGGCGGGGUGGAACGGAGCUUUUGCGCUCAACGUGAGGCUGGCUGCCAGCUUGGCACAAAGUUCAACGGGUAAAAGUACUUGAGAAUGUGCAAGGAGGCCGACGUAGGCAUGUUUCGUGUGUAACAGGGCAAGCCAAUGUGAAAUGGCUAUUCAUGGCAUCUGUUGGCACAGAACAGCACCAUGCAGGGUCAAAACGUGACAGUGAGAAACUGUUAACUGCUGCUCCAUUCCGACUCAGUGUGUGCAAAAGUAGGAACCACGUGACACGGUACACUCCUGUUUGGAAGCUAGAGAGAAAAUAUGUCGGUGUGACUCAUGAGACUAGACCAGAUCACUGUUUUGUCUCCCCAGCUGUCCAUCUUUACUCCAGCUACAGCAAGGGGGUAGCUCCACUAUCACCAACUCCCCCACUGAUCCCACAGAGUGGCUCUUUUCACCGUUUCAGAUCCUUCCGUGACCCAUUUGAUAGAGAGCUUGUUUUCCAGAGAUUUGUGAAUGGCCAUACAUCCUUCCAGAGUCUUGAGUCUUUGUGGCUAAGGCGAAAGGUUGAUAUUCCGAGGCCUUACACAGCUUCAAACAAGCAUCCACAGAUCACACCUGCCCUGAAAUUGUCCUAUAGCUCCAUGGCCACCUCACUGAUAGAUCAGCGCCACUUGUCAAGUGCAGCUGGAGAACUACAUGAGAUUUCUUUAAGAAACCCAUCCAGAAUGGCAGAAAGGAUGCUUUCAGAAAACCCCAGACCAGCUCUGGUUACAAACUCUUUCUUACGACCCAGCAGUGCCAAAGUACAUUUCUAUCCACGAUUAGAUAGAAAACAGACAAUUAGCACUUCUAGUUCUUCAUUGCACCAUGGUCUGAAAAACUUGGGCCAAACAAAAGAAGACACCCAGCUGUAUUGUGACAACUGUAUUAACACAGGACCUACUUUCACCAACCACCAGGGCGCAGCAGCAGCCAAAGCAAACCAUGAAACUGACUGGAAAAUUGUUGGAAACAAUUAUAUGGAGGACACUCAACUCAAUGAUUUUGUGAAGCCCUUCACAGAUACGGGAGACCUCUUAAACACAACCCCGAUUGCCUCAUCAAUAGAAACAAUUUGUGAUGACACUGUGUAUACCAGCUGCAAGAAAUGUGUCCUUUCUGCCUUAAAUCCAGCUGGAUAUCAAGAUCUUACCCUCUUGCCAUCUGCAUCUAGUGAUGCUUGCCUUAAUGGAAUUAUGGAUUGUACCUUAGCCAAUGUCUGUACCCAGGAGACUGCUGCUCAUUUCAAAGCCACAAGUCCUUGUUCUUCAUCUGAAAGUAUCUCUUACCCCAGUUUAUAUACACCUGCCCCAAAGAGCGAGUCUCAUCUGCCAGACAUUGUAAAUAAUGUUCAGGGGGUCAACAUAACCAUAAUGGCCACCCAGAUCUCCACAAUCCGCUUGAACAAGACUUCUGGUUCCAAAGAAACCCAAGUGCAGCCUGAGCGUAUUGAUGACUUACAGUCUCCUGUGCCAAAUCAAGAACUGGAUGGUGAUGAGGAGGAGCUCCCAGAUGACUUGGAUGACAGCGAGGCAGAGGAGGACGAUGAAGACAGCAGUGUGGACCAAAUUAAUUCAGCCAGAAUCCCCUCUGCUGCAUCAUCCAUUUCACAAGCCAGGCAAAGUGAUGAGUCCAUAGGCCAGAUGUCUGCAGAAAAGGAUGGCACAGUGAAACCUGCUUUCACCAAGAGUCUCUUUCCCAAUGUUCAACCAACAUUAUACUUUGGCACUCAAGAAGAAAAAGUGGAGCGGUUACCGUGGGCACAGAGGAAGCUACUUAAAUGGAAAAUGAGCAAUGUAACCCCGAAUGUUGUGAAGCACGCUAUUGCACAGUCUCACUUUCGCAUCACAAAAAAAAACCAUGACUGGUUGGGAUGCUGGGGUCAUCAUAUGAAAUCCACUGCAUUUAAAUCCCUCCAAGCACAUCAGAAGCUGAACCAUUUCCCAGGCUCCUUUCAGAUUGGCAGAAAAGACCGUCUGUGGCGCAAUCUUUCAAAAAUGCAAACCCAUUAUGGAAAGAAAGAAUUUAGCUUCUUCCCACAGUCAUUUGUACUUCCUCAGGACAUCAAGCUACUGAAGAAAGCCUGGGAGGAAGGUGGAAACAGGCAGAAGUGGAUUGUGAAGCCGCCUGCCUCGGCCAGAGGGAUGGGGAUCCAAGUUAUACACAAGUGGAGCCAGCUUCCCAAGAAAAGGCCGUUGUUGGUGCAGAGGUACCUACACAAGCCCUACCUCAUCAGUGGGAGCAAGUUUGAUCUUCGAAUCUAUGUUUACGUCACCUCCUUCGACCCCCUCAGAAUCUACAUGUUUACAGAUGGCCUUGUGCGCUUUGCUAGCUGCAAGUAUUCUUCUUCCAUGAAAAGCCUCAGCAAUAAGUUUAUGCACUUGACAAACUACAGCGUGAAUAAAAACAACGCAGACUACCAGGCCAACCCUGACCAAACUGCAUGCCAGGGCCACAAAUGGGCGCUGAAGGCACUAUGGAACUAUCUCAACCAGAAAGGGUUCAACAGCGAACAAAUCUGGGAGAAAAUUAAAGACAUAGUAAUAAAGACCAUUAUUGCCUCUGAUCCCUAUGUGAACAGUUUGGUAAAGAUGUACGUGCAAAGCCCAUACUGUUGUCAUGAACUGUUUGGCUUUGAUAUAAUGUUGGAUGAGAACCUUAAGCCAUGGGUACUGGAAGUCAACAUUUCCCCAAGCCUUCAUUCCAACUCUCCACUGGAUAUAAGCAUCAAAGGCCAAAUGAUCCGAGACCUCCUUAACCUUGCUGGCUUUGUCCUUCCCAGUAAAGAUGAAGUAUGCGCAACGAGUGGCAGUACUAGCUGCUCUUCCAUCAGUGUGUCUAACCUGGGGAAGGACAAAGGGCGUUUGGUAGAGGCUGAAGAGAAGAAGAAGCGAGCCCAUUACCUCAUACAGAAGAUACCUGAUAAGGAUCUUUAUGCCACUGUACUUGACCACCUAACGCCAGAAGAUGUGAGAGUUCUGGUGGAGACUGAGGAUGAGCUGUCUCGUUGUGGCCAAUUCGAACGCAUCUUCCCAUCUCCCAUUACCUCUCGGUACCUGCGUUUCUUCGAGCAGCCUCGUUACUUCAACAUUCUCACCAAUCAGUGGGAGCAAAAAUAUUACACAGACCGAGAAAGAGGCCAAGAGCUGCUUAGAAGCUUGUGCCUGAUGAAUUACCAUGCUGGUACAGUGCUGCCUUCCCAUCUGUUCAUAGUCCCGGCUCAAAGUGACGUGUAUCUAAAUGGCUUUACCAGAUCAGAAGGGAUGAGGCAUGGCACCCUGCCUGACCCUUGUGUAGAGGAAAACUUGAAAUCGCUGGGGAGCCCCCAUUGCCAUAAUGGUGGCAGAGACACUGGCCAGCUAGAAUUUAGCAAGCAACCUCUUUUAUCCAAGACACUCUCCAGUGUGUCCCAAUCGGCCUUUGUCAUGUGACAAGCCUUGCUCUUACUCUCCCUAAUCCUGAGUUAAAGAAUCUACCUCAAAGUAUUAUAAUUACGCAGUUGGACACGGGCAAACCCCAACCCUAUUGGUACUGGAGGGGCAUUAUUCUAGCUGCUUCCUGAGUAAAGGUCUUCUUCUGGCAAUAAAUUAGAUUUUGGCACAGUCUUGGAAGUGAAACUCUCGUAAUCAUGUUCUAGUGUAUGCAUUUUAUUAAUGAAAAACAUCUUGAGUGCCUCAGGUUCCCAAAACAGGUGGAAAAAUGUGCAACAAGCUGUAGCUAAAUAUCCUGUUUGGGUUUUCAUAUUGCUAAAGCUUGUUCUAAAGGGAACCCUCCUGCAUCAUGUACUUUCCAGUACAGAGAGCCAUUUAGCCCCCUGCUUAUAGAGUUUAAUUGUGCAACUAGCUAAAUGCUGGUACCCACUUCAGACCUCAUGUAAUGAUAUUGUGUUCUGCACAGAUGUGUAGGUGCAUUCUGGUUACUGUGAUAAUUAUAGGUCCUGUCCAAACUGCACAAGCAGGGCUAAACCCUUGUGUACAUUGUCUGGUACGUAGUCUAUUGCUGGCUACAUGCACUGACAUUUGCUACACUAUGCUCAAUGACCCCCCCAGAUGUAUGACCCUUAGUGAGAGUUUCAAGCAAUCAAAUUCUGCUGCAAACAAUAAACUGUGACAAUCCAGUGUCUAUUACUGGCUGACCUGGAAAUGUACAGGCUGGGCCUGUCGGAUCAGUGCAGUUUGACCAUACACAUGUGUGGCCAGAAUGGCUUCAUAGUAUGUGUAUCUUGAUAGUGUGAGCAGCACAAGAGUAAUGGUUACUGUUGCUAACAGUGUGCGCUGGGUUAACUGCAGUUAUUUCAUUGUCUUCUGCUGUGAUACAAAGGGUAAGAUCUGUUUACUUCAUGGUUUUUUUUUCCUUUUGCCAAAAUAAUAUAUUAAUAAAGCACCCAUUUGCAAACUG